UAAGCAGUGCCCACCAUUUGUUCCCUGCAAACAGCGUUUGCUGACACCACCAUGCCAAGCUGGAUCUCUGUCCCUGCAGUCUGCAGCUUCCUUCUCCCCUGGGUAUUCACCAGCUUUCACCAAGCCCUGGGGAACCCGGCCCCCCAUCCGGGUCCCCACUACCUCCUGCCCCCCAUCCACGAGGUCAUUCACUCUCGUCGUGGGGCCACGGCCACACUGCCAUGCGUCCUGGGCACCUCGCCUCCCAGCUACAAGGUACGCUGGAGCAAAGUGGAACCCGGGGAGCUCCGGGAAACGCUAAUCCUCAUCACCAAUGGCCUGCACGCCCGGGGCUAUGGGCCCCUGGGAGGGCGCGCCAGCAUGCGGAGGGGGCAUCGGCUGGAUGCCUCCCUGGUUAUCAAGAACGUGCGCCUGGAGGACGAGGGCCGGUACCGCUGUGAGCUCAUCAAUGGCAUCGAGGACGAGAGCGUGGCACUGACCCUGCGCCUAGAGGGUGUGGUGUUUCCGUACCAACCCAGCCGGGGCCGCUACCAGUUCAAUUACUUCGAGGCGAAGCAGGCGUGCGAGGAGCAGGACGGGCGCCUGGCCACUUAUGGCCAACUGUACCAGGCGUGGACCGAGGGGCUGGACUGGUGCAACGCCGGCUGGCUGCUCGAGGGCUCGGUGCGCUACCCUGUGCUCAACGCGCGCGCCCCUUGUGGCGGUCAUGGGCGGCCAGGCAUCCGCAGCUAUGGGCCUCGCGACCGCAGCCGUGACCGCUACGACGCCUUCUGCUUUACUUCGGCGCUGGCAGGCCAGGUGUUCUUCGUGCCCGGGCGGCUGACGCUGUCUGAAGCCCAUGCAGCUUGCCGGAGGCGUGGAGCUGUGAUAGCCAAGGUCGGGCACCUCUACGCCGCCUGGAAGUUCUCGGGGCUGGAUCAGUGCGACGGAGGCUGGCUGGCGGACGGCAGCGUUCGCUUCCCCAUCACCACACCGCGGCCGCGCUGCGGGGGUCUUCCUGACCCCGGGGUGCGCAGCUUCGGCUUCCCUCGGCCCCAGCAGGCGGCCUACGGGACCUACUGUUACGUUGAGAAGUAGGCACGCACUU